AUGACCGACGUUGUUCAGGGAAUGGAAUACCUUCACAGCACAAGCCUUAAAGCGCACCGAAGGCUAAAACUCACUCAAUGCAUUGUCACUUGCCGAUGGGUCUUGAAUAUCACCGAUUUCGCAGCUGCUUCAUUCAGAACCAAGUUGGGGGAUGUCUGUGCAUUCGCCAUAAUAAUGCACGAAGUCUUCUACCAGACAAAGCCAUUUGGACUCGAAGAUAUUCUAGUGGAAGAAAUUCUAAAACGAGUCAUAGGUAGAGCAAAGCCUCCAUUUCGUCCACAGGUAAUUCCUUCUUGUCAUUACAAAUUGCCGCCAAACUAA